GGCCCGUCAGCGUGUGGCGUGACUUGAAAGAAAGGACAUCAUGUCGUCACCCAGCGACUUUUUGUGUGGCCGAGGAGUGUCGGAGGACAUCCUUUCACUUAUGGAGGAGCAGAGGAUUGACAGUGAUGUCAUAGCACUGAUGGACGAUGCCACCCUUGCCAAUUAUGUCCCGUGCUAUGGAGACCGUAUAGCACUCUUCAAUUUUUGCAAGACUCAACAGCUCCCAUCCAAAAGAAAAAAUGGACUUUUGGAAAAAUUACGUGAAAAAAUGAAAAUCAGGAAAGAAAGCGGGAAAGAAGACACUUCCUCAAAGACACAACAAGCAAGACAGACGAAGAGGCAGAAAACAACGAGAAAUGUUGCAAUUGGAUGGAUACACAAUGAUGGAAAAAUAACCAAACCGGUGAGGGAGAAGCAGAGAGGGGGUACCAGAAAACUUCAAAUGUCCACAGAAGCUAGGUUGAAAGAAAUUCUCGAGGAAGGAAAGAAACUAUUUUUCCCCGAUGGAAUUUCUCCUAAAGGAUCUGAAUUGGACUUUCAGUUUGAGGUGUGGGAUUUCAAACAAAACCUCCUAACUGAUGAAACCUGCCAAUCCAUCGGCAAUAUGUAUGAGGCUGCAAAGCUCACGUUGUUGCGCUUUUACAUUGCAAUAAGGCCAAAGGACGACCACCAUGAUGGCAGCACAGCGUCCAAAGAAGUAUUGGUUGUGUCACACGAUGCCAGUGACUACAACUCUGAAAUUGAAGAGGUCUCUGUCGAUUCAAAUGAAAUCUACACAGCAUUCGACAUUUCUGUUGAUUCAGAAAUUACUUUUGGCCCCACAUACAACACGGAGGGAGAUGCAGACAUCACACUUAUCUAUGAUGGUCCACCUGAUCCACAAGAUGUGAUGAUAAUAACUGUGCACUACACUGACACAUUGAAUGAUAUGAUCAUAGCAUUCUCUGAAAAUGCAAUCUUAAAUCACUCAAUGUGAAACGCAUACUCCCAG